CCAAACCCAGCUAAACUAGCGGGGGGUUGUAGGGGGGUGGGGGCGGGUCAGCCAUCGGGCAUGUGCUGCUUGUGUUACUUGCAGGGCAGUGCGCGCGUGUGUGCAGAGCGAGAUGGAUCGCGGAAGGCGGUUCGACGGCGGCUGCCUGUUGGGCGGCAAGCUGACGCGGCACGUGGGCUUCACAGACACCCUGGAUCUCACGCGCUUCAUGACGGCGGCGGGGCAGCAGGGGCAGGGGCAGCAGGGGCAGGGGCAGCAGGGGCCGGCGGCGUCAAGUAAUGGCAGCGGCGGAGGAGGAGGCGGAGGCAGUGGCAGCGGGCACCACCACCACCAUCAAGAGCACGGGCAUCAUCAUCAUACGCACCAUCAACACCACCACGGGGGGCAACACCACGGGCAGCAUCAACAACAACAACACGGGCCACACCCGCACCCGCACCAGCCGCACGACCCGGGGCGCAGCGUGUACAACCUGACCGGCGUGCUGGUGCACCAGGGCUCCUCACUCCACUCGGGGCACUACUACGCCUUUGUGCGCGACGCCGGCGACCGCUGGGCGCUCAUGAACGACUCGGCCGUCACACCCCUCGCCUCCUUCGCCGAGGUGUCGCGGGAGCAGGCCUACAUGCUCUUCUACACACGAACCACCAUGAAGAGACCGCGAGAGCCGCCGCCGCCGGCGCCGCCGCCGCCGGCGGCGGCGGCGGCGGCCGAGGCGGGCGUGGCGGCGGCAGGCAAGGCGGCAGCGGGCGUGUACGGGCCGCAGCUGCCGCCGGGCUUCGCCCGCGCCGCGUCUGCGCCGGCGGCGGUCGCCGCCGCGGCAGCCGCGAACGGCGGUGGUGGCGGCGGCAGCGCCGCCAGCAGUGCCGUCAGUAGCGGCGGCUCCGGCGGCGGCCAGGGGCUGGGCGCGCUCGGUAGCGGUCGCGCCGUUAUGCCUGCGGCGCCGACGGCGCGGCUGGCGGCGCGGCCCAGCGGCAGCGUGGCGGCGGCGGCGGCGGCGCCGUCGACGGCCAAGCUUCCCGCCAAGUUCACCAUCACCGCCCGCGCGUCACUGGACAGGGCGCCGUCGGCGGCAGCGGCGGCGGAUUCAGCAGGCGAGGCGGCGGGGCCGGGGCCGGGUCGGGGCACGCGCUCUGCUCCGCUCACGCCCGCCGCCACCACUUCGAGCGCCUCCGCCGCCGCUGCCAACGCCGCCUCAGCCUCGGCCUCGGAAGCCGACGCCGCCGGCGGCGCCGCCGACGCCGCCGACACUGCCAGCCCCGCCGCUGGUGACGGCCUGGCCGGCCGCAAGCGCAAACGGCCGGAGGCCUCUAGCUCCACCGGCGCCGCCGCCAACGGCACCGCCGCCGACGGCCCGUGCACGGGCCUUACGGAGCUGCCCCCCGGGGCGACGGCGUCGGAGCGGCGGCGUGCGGCGGUGGAGGCGGAGGUGGCGGCGCACAAGGCGUGUGCGUCCUGGGGCGAGGGCGUGAAGCGGCUCAAGGGCGCGAUGGGCGGCAUGCUGCGGCGGUCGGAGUGGGCGGCGGCGGCGGCGGCACUGAUGCGGUCGCUCAAGAGCAGCGGGCUCAGUCUGCAGGAGGUGGUGGCGCUGCCGCGCAGUGACGAGCGGCGGCGCGAGCUGAACCGCGUGGUGCCGCGGGGGGUGCUGGAGCAUGGCCGCGACGAGCUGGCGCGGCUGCUGCGGGCCGCGCUGCUGCAGCUCGGCUGGCUGGGGCUGGGCGCGUCCGGCUCGCUACUGCUGUAGCAGCGGCUGUAGCAGCGGGGCUGUAGUGGUUAGCUGCUGCUGGGCUGUGGAGCUGUGGCGGUUGUGGGGCUGCAGCAGGUGUGGGCUGCGGGGCUGUAGCAGCUGCGGCUGCUGGGGCGGUGGAGCUGGGGCGGCGGCCGCCGAGGAGCCCACGCGACUAGGCCCAUGCGUUUCUCCUGCGUCUCCAUCAUUGGCUUUGCAGCCAGGCAGGCAGCCGCACCGACAGGCAGCAGGGAGCCUACCUUACUGUUGGCAUGUGCACGCAUGAACUGCCUUGAUUUAAAGCCGGCAUACUAAGCAGGAUGGCGUGUGUUUAUGUGCAUUAUGGUUUUUGCAACUGGGGCGUUGUGUGUGGGUGUUGGUCGACGUUCAAAACCCGCGGUGCUGCGUGUGCUGCGGGAACAGCUGCAAACAUUCGUUUGCGGUGAGCAGGAUGGAUUGCAUUGGGUCCUGGUAGGUCAGGACAGCAAGGAGCUGGAGGAUGCGUUGGCGCCGACUGGUGUUCCUAUAGAGCGGCACAAGCCGCUGACGGCGCAACAUACAACGGUUGUGUACGGUACUGCAGCUCUGGGCGCGGAUUCGGACUGGGCGGGCGCGACUGUGCAGACGUUGGUUUAUUGGAUGGGGGUGCGGCAGGGAUGGAGUCGUGGAUUGGUGUGACGGGGCAAGGGACAUGAGGGUCCCGAGGCGCCAGAUACUCAGGCCUGUAGGGAACACUGGCCUGCCUUACAGGAGCGUGGCUCUGCUCAGCAAUCGGAGGGAAUCCCACGCCUCGGCCCUUGCACCCGACGUUCAAACAGCGAACAUGAGAUUGUCCCCAGCUGUGUAGCCUGAGCAAAUGAC